AACCGAUCAGGGUUGCGCAGUCUAGUUAGAAGUAACAUAUCAUGAACAGACUUGUCUAUCUGAGCCCUCAUUGCAUACCUCGUUGCAAUCGAUAAUCAAGCAAUAGCUGCAUCGGUGGAAUGCCACCGCAUAGAUGAUGAUGAUCGUGAGAUGAAGACUUGCAACGUAACUCAGUCGAAGUUUUACAGCCACCGCCGUUUACGUCAUGUGACCUCGAACCCAAAGAGGCGCGCGAACGGUCUUGCACACGGCACCCUUCUAACGAACCUUCCGCAGGCUGGCCAGCUUGUCCGUGCACUCAAGCACUUUUAAAUGGACCUCCCUACACCUAGGGAAUUAGACCUUGAGACAGAACUCAGAAAACGGGAUGCUCAGGUUGCUGAACUAACAGAUGAAGUGACACGUCUUCGUCAGCACCUUGCUGCUCAGAGUGGCGCAUCGACCACAGAUCCUGUUACAUUGCCCCCCGCGCUAGUCUCUGUGUUGUUACCACAUAUCAACAAGGCAGCUUCUAGUGAAGGAACGGGAGUGGCUUCUUCGUCGAGUACGGUUAACACCGCACUGACGCAGAGGGUACGCAUACUGCAGGAAGAGAACGAUGAACUGUAUGAGAUGCUCAAAUCCGGGGAGACUGGAAAGCUCAAGGAGGAAGUUCGUGGACUCCGACGAGUUGUGGAGAGAUUAGAAGGGGCUUUGCGAGAAUCUCAUCAAGUGAUCGCUUCGCUGUCGUCGGAACUAGACAAGUCCUAUGAAAGCUUCCAAACUUCUUUGCGUCAAAUAAACGCUAACCAUCAUUCAUAUGCGCCUCCCCCUCGUGACUCAUACCACCCCGCAUCCACGAGUAAUGGGGUAAUCAAGCUACCCCCAACCGGACCCAGAGCUCACAAGAAGCCGCGUCUCUCGGAGCCCAAAGUGUCACCCGCACGUUCCAACAUCUCUCUUCCGCCAACGAAACCCCACAUUGCCAAUGCGCGCCAGAGUAUUCCCAGAGACCACGAACCUCCUCGCUCGCCUCGCCUCUCCCCCACAGAGCCCCGUGCAAAAACAAGCAAUGUGAAGAUGGAGGUUGAUGAAGAUUCGCGGACACGUCCACGCUCUCCAAAUGAUAAUAGGGAGCGCGAGUCCCACCGCCGGGACAAAGACCGAGCACGCGAACACGACGGAGAGCGCGACAGAGACCGGGACCGGGACCGUUUCUCGCGGCGCAACGGUGGCGGCAGUGGCGGCGGCGGGGGACGGAGAACUCGAGGGUUUGCAGGUCACGCAUAUACAUUUGGAGAUCGGACGUUGGCGGAAAGAAUGGGACUUUAACCAAACAUUGACUUUCAUGACCGCUGCAUCUUUGGACCUUCAAAACCAUGUUUUUGUCUUGGUUCAUAAUAGUGUAUUUGGUACGGCGCUCAAUUAAAUCGAAAAAAAUUGUAUCGAUAGCUGACUUGACUUUUUCUUCUUCUUCUUCGCUACAGCUGUAUCCCUACAUCUUCCAAUCUCUGUUGUUGCAUUACUAUGCAGAGACGAUCAUGAUUGGUAUUAUUUAAACUUUCCUUCUUUAUGCUACGCUGUAUUUUGCAGUCCACAGACGUCAUGUACUACGGUCGGGCACCGCCUACACACCGAGCAAAGUCUUAGUCGCUCGCCGUUACUCCGAAGAACCGUAAAAUAAAUAUCAUUUUUCUUGAAUCGAGCACUCCGUCGAUGAAAGGGGGAAGUCGCAGUAAUAACGACCACGUACUGAUCGAUCCGAC